UGAGUUCAAUACAAUAUUGCUGGGAAUUGUUACUACCGGUACCGGUACACCAAAGCCAUAAAUAGAAUUUCAAUUUUCAUGCAAAAUGCAAUGCUCAAAUGGAGUUGAAAAUUCCAUUGUUAUUUGCGUUCGAUUUGAUCUAAAAUGUAAACAAUAAUAAUCCCUUAUCAGCGUCAGCGAGUAUUUUUUUGAUAUUUUCGAUUAUUCACCGGAAAAUGCAAAGCAAAAUGUUUGAAAAAGUAAAAAUAUGACAAAUAAGUAAUACAUUUGAUGAAUCGUAUUGUUUUGAAGUACUCAAUGCUGAGACGACUGAGUACUUCAUUAGUUAUGCCUAAGAAGUCGUCAAGUAGUAAAAAUAUAAACGCGAAAACCGAACCAGAAACGAAACAGACUGGUUGCGUUUAUAAUGACAAGAAAGGCAAUGUGAUGAUUCGGGUUAUGGCAAAACCUGGCGCGAAAACUAAUCAAAUAACAGGACUCACGGAAGAAGGAGUAGGUGUGCAAAUAAACGCACCGCCAGUUGAUGGAGAAGCAAAUUCUGAGUUGGUCAAGUUCAUGUCAGGGAUUUUGGAUGUUCGUAAAAGCGCCGUCAGUUUGGAUAAGGGUGCAAAGUCACGACAGAAAACACUUCAAGUAACUUCCGGGGUGAUUAGCGUCGAUGAAGUAAUGGAAAAAUUGAAGAAAAGCUCCGAUAAGUGAUCUUAUUUUGUUGAAAUGUAAAAGGAUUUUGUGCAAUUAAUAAAGUUGUGAUAUUGUGUCAUA